ACGGAGAACAUCGGGGGCGGCGCGGGCAGCUCCUACUCUGGUCGGGGCAGGCAGGAUGGCGAGCGGUGACAGCAGACUUUCCGCCGAGGGCUUCCUAGGCUGGGGUACGGACGAGGCGGCGGCCCAGGAGCUGGAGACCGAGGAGUCUUCGGAGGGUGAAGAUGAGGAGGCCGAGUCAGAGGAGGAGCCCGACGCCAGGUUAUCAGAUGAGGAUGAAGAGGGCAAGACCAAGCAACAGUGUAUCAUCUCUGACCCCUCCUUUUCCAUGGUGACAGUCCAACGGGAAGACAGUGGAAUAAACUGGGAGACCAAUUCAAGUAGAUCAUCCACUCCUUGGGCUUCAGAAGAAAGCCAAACUUCUGGUAUAUGUAGCUUGGAAGGGUCAGCUUUGAAUUCUCCUCCAGGGAAUGUUUCCUUUAUUGUGGAUGAAGUUAAAAAGCCACGGAAAAGAACUCAUAAGUCCAAGCGUGGUUCUCCAUCAUUGCGUCGGAAAGGCAGCAAAAAACGAACUUCCCUGGAAUCGCAAGAUGUUCUGGCAAACAAGGAAGAUGGUCCUUUAAUGUCAGAAAGCCAAAUGCUCAAUACUGAGAACGAGAAGUCACCUAUUGGCAUUUAUGAUAAAGCAAGAAGAAAGAAGACAACAUCCAAUACACCUCCCAUCACUGGGGCAAUAUACAAAGAGCACAAGCCACUAGUGUUGAGGCCAGUCUACAUAGGAACAGUACAAUACAAAAUUAAGAUGUUCAAUUCAGUUAAAGAAGAAUUAAUUCCUCUACAAUUUUAUGGGACAUUGCCAAAAGGUUAUGUAAUUAAGGAAAUACAUUACAGGAAAGGGAAAGAUGCAUCCAUUAGUCUAGAGCCGGAUUUGAGCAACAGUGGUUCUAACAUAGUUUCCCAAAGAAGUAAAUUAGCAGCCCAAAGCCCAGAAGAUAAUACGGCAAGAGAGCUUGCUCCGCCCUGGAGAGGUGCCCUUUCCAAAGGGUCAAAGUCCAUGACCUCACUAUUUAGUCAUGAAGAGCAAAAGAAAAUGUAUGUCGAGUCCCCCUUAAAUGCCACGGCUGCAACCGAGCACACAUUGUCCUCAUAUUCCAGAAAUGACACAACCGAUCAAGAAUACCCAAGACCUUCACACACAACGUCACAGCACCCAGCUGAUGAAUUGAAGACCCAAAGAAUAGAGCCACCCAGCACACCAGCAACUACAUUCCUCGAAAAAGCAAAGGAAGAAUUUGAACCAGACUCACAAGGAAUGGAAAAUUCAGGGAAUGAUGCUUCAGUGUUCUCAGGCUCAGCUGCUGAUAUAGAACAGGAGGGCAUGGUAUCUGUCAACCAUUCCUUGUCAUGGGAGGCAGAGGAGUCUUUGAAGACAGGACCACCAAGACUGCCACCAUCCAUCCUAGAAAGGUUUGAGCCAGACAAGGAAGAGCUAGAACCGACUUCAGCAGAAAAGACAGAAUCAGCCUUUGAACACCUAACCUCACUUGAGCCUGUAGUCCAUGGAGAGGAGGAGCAUGCGCCUGAACCUGUAGUCUAUAGAGAGGAGGAGCAUGCGCCUGAGCCCAUAGUCCAUAGAGAGGAGCAUGCGCCUGAACCUGUAGUCUAUAGAGAGGAGGAGCAUGCGCCUGAGCCUGAGCCUGUGGUUCAUAGAGAGAAGGAGCAUGCGCCUGAACUUGUAGUCCACAGAGAGGAGGAGCAUGCGCCUGAGCUUGUAGUCCAUAAAGAGGAGGAGCAUGCGCCUGAGCUUGUAGUCCAUAAAGAGGAGGAGCAUGCGCCUGAGCCUGUAGUCCACAGAGAGGAGGAGCAUGCGCCUGAGCCCAUAGUCCACAGAGAGGAGGAGCAUGUGCCUGAGCCUGUAGUCCACAGAGUGGAGGAGCAUGUGCCUGAGCCUGUAAUACAUAGAGAGGAGGAGCAUGCGCCUGAACCCAUAGUCCACAAAGAGAAGGAGCAUGCGCCUGAGCCCAUAGUCCACAGAGAGGAGGAACAUGUGCCUGAGCCUGUAGUCCACAGAGUGGAGGAGCAUGUGCCUGAGCCUGUAAUACAUAGAGAGGAGGAGCAUGCGCCUGAACCCAUAGUCCACAAAGAGAAGGAGCAUGUGCCUGAGCCUGUGGUUCAUAGAGAGGAGGAGCAUGUGCCUGAGCCUGUGGUUCAUAGAGAGGAGGAGCAUGUGCCUGAGCCUGUGGUUCAUAGAGAGGAGGAGCAUGUGCCUGAGCCCAUAGUCCACAGAGAGGAGGAGCAUGUGCCUGAGCCCGUAGUCCACAGAGUGGAGGAGCAUGCGCCUGAACCCAUAGUCCACAAAGAGAAGGAGCAUGUGCCUGAGCCUGUGGUUCAUAGAGAGGAGGAGCAUGCGCCUGAGCCCAUAGUCCACAGAGUGGAGGAGCAUGCGCCUGAACCCAUAGUCCACAAAGAGAAGGAGCAUGUGCCUGAGCCUGUAAUACAUAGAGAGGAGGAGCAUGCGCCUGAACCCAUAGUCCACAAAGAGGAGGAGCAUGUGCCUGAGCCUGUAAUACAUAGAGAGGAGGAGCAUGCGCCUGAACCCAUAGUCCACAAAGAGAAGGAGCAUGCGCUUGAACCCAUAGUCCACAAAGAGAAGGAGCAUGCGCCUGAACCCAUAGUCCACAAAGAGAAGGAGCAUGCGCCUGAACCCAUAGUCCACAAAGAGAAGGAGCAUGAGCCUGAACCCACAGUCCACAAAGUGGAGGAGCAUGUGCCUGAGCUUGUAGUCCAUAGAGAGGAGGAGCAUGUGCCUGAGCUUGUAGUCCAUAGAGAGGAGGAGCAUGCGCCUGAGCCACCUGACUCUGGAGCAUCACAGGAACUAGAGAAGGGAGUGGAAAUCACCAAUACCACCGAACCUGAAGAUUCUAGUCUAGAAGAAGAGAUCAUAGAACUUGAUUAUCCAGAAAGUCUGUUAGUUUCUGAGGAGCCUUUCCCAUCACCUUGGUCCCCUAAAGUGGAGCGCAGAGAAGAGCCUGUUCUUCCAUCACAGAUGACAUUCCCACCAGAACAUGUCUCUUUGUCUGAGGAGGAAAGAGAGGAAAACGAGUCUGUUUCUACUGAUUCCGCUUUUGUAUCUGAGUAUUCGGUCCCACGGGAUUUGAACAGUGAACUAGAGAAACAAGAAGCUGAGGCAGUUUCUCUCUCUGACGUGAAAUCCAGCCCUGAACCUGCAGUUUUCUCAGAGGAGGAUGACGAACACGAGUCUUAUUCACCAGCUGUGGCAUCUGAAUCUGAGCACUCUCUCUCUCCAUUCACCAUUGAGAAGACAUCUGCAUCCCAGGCCCCGUCACCGGUCACACCGGGCCAUCUGGUCCCGUCUGGAGAUGAGGCCUCAGAGAGUAGGUGUCACACACCAGGGUCUGCAUCUGUUACUGAGUAUUCGGUUUCAGCGCAUGAUGCACAAGAGUUGCUGGCGAAGACAGGUGACCACAAGCCACCAUUAAAGUCCCAAGAUGUUUCUGAGCCCAUGAUUCUUACAGAAGAAGAGAGAGAGGACACUGGGCCACACCCCCCAGACCUGGAUGCUACUUCUGAAUCCUCUCAUUCUCCAUUGCUAACUGAGAAGGGUUCUGAACGCCACUUCCCGCCACCACCCCUGACUGCCACACUGAGACAUGCAGCAGUUUCAGAAGAUGGGGAUCUAGAAAGUGAACAUGCCACCUCACAUUCAAAACUGACAUUUAAAUCCUCAACUCCACAAAAUGAAACACAGGAAUCUCUCCCCAAAACAAUUGAUGGCAUGCCCCAAUUCAAACCAAAAGGCAUUUCUGAAUCAGUGACUCUGUUAGAAGAAGAAAAGGGAGAUGUUGGAUCAUCUUCAGCAGAUGUGGUGUCUGCAGCACACGCUGUCCCACCACACGUAGCUGAGAUACUUUCUGAAUGCCAGGCCCUACUGCCUUCAGUCACCACAUCUGAACAUGUGGUCCUCCCGGAAGAAGGGAUCACAGGGGGCCAGCAGUACCCGCUUCCCUCCACACCUGCUUCUGAACGCUCAGUAUCAACGCCAUCUGUAACACCAGAGUCCCAGGAGGAAGAGGUUGUUCACACAUCCCCUCUGCUUCUGAAAGGUGCCACCUCACCCACAGAUCUAUCAGAGCAAGAGCAGGAAGAGGGAGACAUCGGGCCCUUCUCCCCUGAUUCCGCAUUUGUGUCAGAAUUCUCAUUCUCACCCUAUCCAGCUCAGGAAAUAGAGACGAGAGAGCUGGGACGUGAUUCUCCACUGUGCUUGACAUCACCAUCUGAGCACACUAUUUUGUCAGAUGAGGACACGGAAGAGGCUGAGCUUUUUUCUCCAGAUUCAGCAUCACAAGUUUCCAUCCCGCCAUACAGAAUCCUAGAAACAGAGCAAAACGAGAUCCAGGCAGACUCAUCACUAACUGUGAGGUCUACUCCAGAAUAUCCCUACUUCUCAGAAGCAGAGGAGGAAGUGUCAGGAUCACCAGUGCUCACGCCAGUGCCCGAGUAUUUUGAUCCAUUACAGGAACGAAAGGCUGAGCCCCCCCAGUUCAUGCCUGUUCCUGAAGACCUGAGCCUGCCACCCUCAGCAAAUAAAACAGGCCAAGCAGAAACUAUGCCAGAUGCUCCAACAAUUUCAACAUCUGUAUCCGAAUAUCUCAUCCUGGCCCAGCAGCGGAAGACCCAAGCAUCCCUGGAACCCGCGGCUGAAGGUGUGGCACCAUCACCACCUUUUACCAGUGGAUGGGAGAAGGGGGAUGUUAAGAGUAGUUCAGCAGCGGUUGCGACAGCUGCUUCUUCGUCUGCACCGUCGUCGGUGGUGAAGGAGGAAGCCGAGCCCGUUUUGCCCACAUCUCAGUCCUCAAUUCCACCUGAGUCAGCCCGUGUCCUUAAGACAGAACGGGAACCCAAAGCAUCACUAACUCUAAAGUCUGCACAGGAACAGAUGGCUUUGCCAAAAGUCAGGAGGGAAGAAACUGUGCUGGGUUCUCAAGAAGCGGCAGCACACACGUCACAGGAUCCAACACCAGAGCCUCAGCCCCCAAAUGUUCCAGGGUCUGGGAUGCAAUACUCAGUUUUGUCUGACUCGGUAGAGGAGCCAAAGGUGGAUGUCGAACCCAAUUUAGCUCCAACUGUGAUUUCUGAACUAGAACACAGAAUGUUGUCAAAGAGUGAGCCUGAAGUGGCAAAACCAUAUUCGCCUCCAGAGGAAACAUCUAUUUCUGGACAUGAGGCUUUGUCUGGGGUGAAAACGGAAGUGAAGCAGGACUCCAGGAUAACCAGGGAACUUCCUGCAGCUUCAUCCGUAGUAGAAAGGGAAGCUGAGCAUCGCCCACCUGUACCACCGGCAUUUUCAGCUUUGUCAGAAGACUUGCAGAAAGAAACCAAAGCCAGCUUUUCAGCCACCACAGUGCCAAUAACUAAGCAUGAUUCUAAUUUAACCGAAUCAGGCAGAGCUGAAACCCUGACAGAUUCAUCUCGCAUCAGCCCUGAGGGACACCCCGGCUUAAAGCCAGUAGGGAAGAGUGAAUUAGGAAGAGGCUCGCCACCACUCAUCACAUCCACAGCUGAGCACUCAGGACUCAUAGGGGGAGAGAAAGAACCAACUAAAGGUGCUGCUGUUGUCAUCGACAGCUCUUUAUCCAGAGGUUCAGCUUGGCCAGGAGCAGAGAAAGAAACAAAGUUAGAUUCGUCUCCGAGUCUCUCAUCGAUGUUGGAGCAUUCUGUUUGGUCAAAAGUAGAAACUGAAGAUGUUAAACCUGGGUUGCCAGUUUCCAAAGCGCCAGCAGAUGUGUCUGGGGGAGCCAGGGCAGAAGACACACAAGGCCUUCCACUCUCUCCAGGUCUCGAUUCUGAACGCUCAAAUUUAUCACAGAAAAAGAACUUGGUGUCUGCCUCAGAGGUGUCAAAGCCUCAACCCAAACUUCCCAUCAGCUUAGGUGGUGAAGUAAAGAAAGAAGACAGUGAGCUUCUUCUGUCACAGAUGUCACUUGCACCCAAACACACAGUUCCAAGUGACAAACCUGAGGAGAUAAUAAGGUCUCCUGAGUCUGAAGAUUUUAUGUCAGAUGAUUUAGCCCCAUCGUUACCGGCCCUCAGGGAUGAGGUGAACAAACAACCAGAGGAGACAUCUUCCUCAGUGCUGGGGGGUUUCCUGUCAGGAAAGCGAGAGCUCAUAAGGCUCCCCGCAGAGCCUGAGGAGAAAGAAGAACAGUUAUCACAAGCACCAGAUGCUGGGUCAGAACUCACUGGUAGUAGAGAUAGAAGUGGAUCCUUAGGUAUAGAACUAGUAAAGCCUCCUGUAACGGAGCCAGGGUCUUCUGUCUUAGAAAAGAGCCCCACUGUGCUUAGGGGCAGAGGAAAAGAAGAAGAAAACAGGGAGUUUCUUGCACCUGCCUCGUCUCCAUUAGAGACUGCCUCUUCUGACCUCCCUAUAGGGCAAACAGAGCUUGAAAAAUCCCUACUUGAGGGGCAAACUGUUAAGGUGCCUGAUACGAACAGCUCUUUCGCAGAUAAACCAGAUCUGGCUAUUCAACAAUUCUCAGACAGGAAAGAGAAUUUGGAGCAAUCCAAAUCAUGUAUGGCAACUGAGCCUGCCAAUGUUACAGGAACAAAUGUGAAGGAGACUCUCUUUUCUCCAAAGGAUAACACCUGGAUGCUGCAAAAACCAGACAACUUGGCCAAUGAGCAUGAAGAUAGAAAAUCAGGAUCUGGGUGGCUGGAGUUGUCUAACAGCAAUGAUCUGUUGCCAGGGAAACUCGAGGCUGCUCCAUUGGAUACAGACCACACAUCUGGAAUCAGAAAGCAAGUUCUACCCCAAGAUAUGGAAGAACCCCAUUUACCAUGGCAAGAACAAGAAUCUACCCUUCACGUAUCCAGUGGCAGGAUAGAAACCUCCUCCACUAAUACUCCCCUUUCUGAAGAGAUAAACCUGCCUCAGGAACCACAGCCCAUGGUUCCAGCUAGAAAGGUGGAGAGAGGCAGAGCAGAGGGGAAGCAGAUCAAUUAUUUCACACAGAGUGAAAGUCCAAUAUCAGAGAAAGCUAAUGCAGACUUUCCCAGGCCCUGCAAAGAAGAAACCCAGGAGGAAGUCAAACUACCUCUUGAAAGAACUCUCCAGAAAUCAGAGCCUGGCCCAUCCAUGGAAAAGGUAAAGGCAGAAACUCCCCCGAUUCCUGCCAGAGCAACACGUUUCCCCGCCGAAGUUGCAGAACCUACACUGGGCAAAGACCAAGAAGCAAGCACAGUGCCAGUGUCUGGUGAGAAGCCAUCUCAAGAACUCAAAUGGGUCCAGUCAAAGACUGCAGAGGAUGCUGGUGAAAGGAGAAAGCCAUCCCCUGACCAGAAAGUGUCCACCCCAAGUAAAUCUGUCCCUGCGGUCACAGCACAGGUUAUACCUCAACCCCCGGAGACACAGGAGGCAACACAAAAGCCACCUGAGAAGUCAUUGGUGGCUGAGCAAGGUCUUCCUGCAGAGAAGGGGAAGAAGGGAAUGUCAUCCUUCAAAUCAUGGAUGUCUAGUUUAUUGUUUGGAUCAAGCACUCCAGAUAACAAGGUCAGCGGUAAAGAAGACUUAGAAGCCCAGCAGAGUCUCUCUGCAGAGAAAACAGCAGCUGCCCUAGAGCCAAAAGGUGCAGUUCCCGCUGAGGUUAACACAGUUAAACAGGCUGGAGAACCCAAGGGUGUGCCAGUUAAAGUGAGCGAAAGUCAAGACCUCAAAGAAAAACUCACAUCUUUAUCAGACACAGACGUUUUAAGCCAGCCAGAAUCCAACACUGAAAAUCACGGGAAGAAAGAAUCUCCAGACUAUUCGGAGGGAAUGGGUGUGAGCUCAGCUACAUCAGCUGGUGAUGAAUCUCUUGGAACUGAACCUUGUUCUCCCUUGGGUGAGAAACUGGUUAUGGAAGAAGCCCCAUAUACUGUUGCUCUUCAUGUUACUGAGAGCCAAAGACACCAGAAGCCACAAAUCUCUCCUCCAUCGACGUGGAGGAUUUCGGCUCUUAAGGAAGAUCACAAUGAAACAUUGCUCUUGUCACCUGACAUAGAAGAUAAAGUGUCACAACAGCCAAAAUCAGCUCCAUCCCACUUCACAUGCGUGAAGGAAUCAGAGAAGAUGGCGCCAGUGAUUUUGCCAGUAGAAUCAAAAGGCAUUUUAAUUGAGCUUGGUGAAGACAGACUAAGAAAAGAAAUGCCAAAACCCAUUGCUUUGAAACAUCGUGAAGAGGAUGUCAAACGUCCAACCGAGGAGAAGGAUAGCUGGGAAACUAGAUCAUUUUCCCUGGCAGAGAAGAGGGAGCUGGCAGAGAAACAAGAAAUCACAGCUCCCUCAGAGCUUAGGGAAAAUGAGGCGGCAGGAAAGUUGCAAAUGAUGCCGGAAGCUCGACCUUUUGAGUUGGAAGAACCAAAAGCCGCUGAGAGGCUGGAACAGCACAUCUCUCCAAGUGAAGAACUUAUGGAAAAACCCGGAGUGACUCUUGCUUUGGAGAGGAGGAGAGGAAAGGAAGAGGAGACACCGGCCUUUUCAGGAGGAAAGAAGCAGGGACACAGGCCCUACUCUCCAACCACAGCCAUACCUGUGCCUGAAGCAUCAGCCACGUCUUUGGGUGAAGCCCAGCCACCCUCACCUUCAUUUGUUAAGGCACCACCAGCUACGGAACAACCAGAAUGCAUAUUCAUGGAGGUAUACCCAGAAAUUAGGGAGAGAAAGGCAGCAGAAACCCAACUGCAUCCUCUGGAAGAAAGGAAAAUUUUAGUAGAAAAAAACAAGUCUUCCAGUGUGGAGCCUCCCCACAGGGAGGCAAUGGUUGGCCACCCUGUGACUCAGGGCGGGACUCUGGAGUUGGAGAAGUCCAGUAAGAACAGAGCGACACUGGAAGAGGAGAGGAGACGGUUCAUAGAGACAGCGCUGUCCACCGAUGCGUCACUGGCAGCUGUGGAUGAAGGUGUGCUGUCAAGAUCUCUAUCUAAGCACGUUCCUGGUGAAACAGAGCAUUUGAGAACACCACCCACUCGGCUGUCAUCCGUAGAACCACAAACCCUUGUUUCAGGGGCUUCUCUGGAACAUACAGUGAAGAAACCAGAAACAUUGUCAGAGAGGCCUACAGUCCACACUAUCCAGACAUCUAAAGAGCUCGUUACAAAGCAUCACUCGGAAGCUGUGGAGGACGCAUACAGAAACGAUCCACUCUCUUCAGCAUCAAGCAACUACACUCAGUUUAUGCUUAAUGCAUCAGCAAUCAGUGCUGAGGGAACUACACCUAUGAGAGGAUCACCCAAGGAGCUCGAAGGCACCUCCGUGAGAGACGAAGAAUUUGCAGUAACCAGCAAGCCAGCCGGACUUUCGGAGGAUCAGAAGAGUGCCUUUAGCAUCAUUUCCGAAGGCUGUGAGAUACUGAAUAUCCAUGCGCCCGCUUUCAUCCCUUCCGUGGAUCAGGAAGAAAGUGAACAAAUGCAAGAUAAGUUACAGUAUUUGGAGAAGAAAACCUCGUUUAAAACUAUAUCGCUGCAUGAUGAGAGUGAGGCAGUCGCUUCCCAUACAACACAGAAUGUCAACUUAGAAGAUUCUGAUAGGAAAGUCACGUCACUGACAGAAAACGAGCCAAAGGAAACUCAUAAAACAAAAGAGGAGAUAGCCACAGAGUCAGAAACAGGCGACUUCACUUUUAUUCAACCCACGGUUUCCACUGAAGAGGAUUAUUUUGAAAAAUACACUUUGAUUGAUUAUAACCUCUCCCUAGACUCAGAAAAGCAGAAAUUAACUGUUGAAGGAGUCUCAAAGGAAACCACGGAAGCAGCAGCUUCUUUCCAAGAACGUUCAGAUGAAUGCAUCCUAGGACAAGAAUAUGACUUAGUAAAGUUGGAUGAAAGCUUUUACGGGCUAGAAAAGGACUACAGCGAACUAUCUCAUGCGGAGAUGCAAGAGUCUUUGGUCAUCCAGAAGCCAGAUGAUAGAAAUGUUGCGAAGGAUGUUGGUAGAGACGUGGACUCCAGAUUACCUGGGAUGCCUUUGUUUGAUGUGGAGGAAGGAGUUCUAGUAAGAAGCCAGGUAUUUCCUACCACCGCCAAGGCUGUUAACCCAGAGCUUCUAGAGGAACCACCCGCACUUGCGUUUUUAUAUAAGGACCUGUAUGAAGAGGCGUUUGGGGAGAAAAAUGAAAGGGAGACGGCUUCUGAAGGAGGUAGUGUAGAUUCCGAGGCAUCGUUUCCAAGGAGACACUCUGACACUGAUGAUGGAGCAGGUAUGUAUUUUGAGAAGUAUAUACUCAGAGAUGACAUUCUGCAUGGCACAUCUGUAACUCAGGAGGAUCAAGGCCACGGCCUGGAAGAAAAGCCAGUUGGUGAGGAUGUCUCACAUCGACAGAGAGUUGCAGAAAGAGGAAUUGAGAGAAAGCCUGGAACUAGUUUUUGGGAGAAGAAUGUGGGAGAACAACACACGGCUGUUGACAGGGAAGGUGCCUCUGUGGGCCACGGGGAGACCUGUGAUGAAGUGGCCAUGGAGCAGAAAGUUCCCAUUACAGAGGAGGUCAGAGCAGUCACCCAGAAGAUGAGCUAUGCGGUUCCAUUCGAAGACACCUGCCACGUUCUAGAGAGUGUAGAUGAACCCAGCAGCCAGGGUAAUGAAGCAGGAAAUGCCAGCCCAGAGGUCCACCUGAACGUCCCAGUGCAAGUGUCUUUCCCAGAGGAAGAGUUUGCAGCUGGUGCCACUUACGCUUCAGAAAUACCACAAGAAGAGCUCAUCCCAUCUGAGCCACGUAAAGAGAGGUUCCACAAUACUCCUGUACAGGAUGAGUACGAGUUCAUUGACUCUCUGAAUCAAGAAAUGGUCAGUCGAGGCAUCUUACCAGAAGAACCAUCUUCAGAAUCCACACCUGAAAAUGCGUUAUCUCAAGAACCAGAAUACUCCAAGCAUGUUAAGGAACAUGAAUUCAUGAAUGAGGAGGAACCAAGUACGUCUGCCGAACAGAAAGAGUUGCACAAAAGGAGGACAGAAAAUGGCCAGUCUGCACCGGAGCCAGUUACAGAUAAGACAAAGGUCCAGGUUGACUCUUACUGCUACACCUGCAAAAGCCCAGUCUCUGAAAUGGACAAGGUGUUGGACAUUCACAAAGACCAUGAGGUUUCAGCACUUGACACAGCUAUAAGUGCUGUGAAGGUUCAAUUAGGAGAAUUUCUUGAGAACCUACAAGAAAAAUCCUUGAGGAUUGAAGCUUUUGUUAGUGAGAUUGAAUCCUUUUUUAACACUGUUGAGGAAAACUGUAGCAAAAAUGAGAAACGCCUAGAAGAGCAGAAUGAGGAAAUGAUGAAGAAGGUCUUGGCACGGUAUGAUGAGAAAGCCCAAGGCUUCGAGGAAGUGAAGAGGAAGAAGAUGGAAUUCCUGCACGACCAGAUGGUCCACUUUCUGCAGAGCAUGGACGCAGCCAAGGAUACCUUGGAGACCAUUGUGAGAGAGGCAGAGGAGCUUGAUGAGACGGUUUUCCUGGCUUCCUUUGAGGAAAUCAAUGAAAGGCUGCUCUCUGCCAUGGACAGCACGGCCUCCUUAGAGAACAUGCCCGCCGCCUUCUCGCUCUUUGAACACUAUGAUGACAGCUCGGCGCGAGGUAACCAGAUGCUGAGACAAGUGGCUGUUCCACAGCCUCCUAGACUGGAACCUCAGGAGCCAAACUCUGCUACCAGCACAACAAUUGCGGUGUACUGGAGCACGAACAAGGAAGAUGUUGUGGACUCAUUCCAGGUGUACUGCGUGGAGGAGCCUCAAGAUGACCAAGAAGUAAACGAACUAGUAGAAGAAUACAGAUUGACUGUGAAGGAAAGUUACUGCAUUUUUGAAGACUUAGAGCCUGACCAAUGUUAUCAAGUGUGGGUGAUGGCCAUCAACUUCACCGGAUGUAGCCUGCCCAGUGAAAGAGCAAUUUUUAGAACAGCACCUUCCACGCCUGUGAUUCAUGCAGAAGACUGCACUGUGUGCUGGAAUACGGCCAUAGUCAGAUGGCGGCCUGCUAACCCUGAGGCCACAGAGACCUACACUCUGGAGUACUGCAGACAAAACUCUCCUGAGGGCGAGGGCCUGAGAUCUUUCUCUGGAAUUAAAGGUCUCCAGCUGAAAGUUAACCUCCAACCCAAUGACAAUUACUUCUUCUAUGUGAGAGCCAUCAAUGCAUUCGGGACAAGUGAGCAGAGUGAAGCUGCUCUCAUCUCCACCAGAGGAACUAGAUUUCUCUUAUUGAGAGAAACAGCUCACCCAGCUCUCCAGAUUUCCUCGAACGGGACCGUGAUCAGCUUCUCAGAGAGGAGACGGCUGACGGAGAUCCCCUCCGUGCUCGGGGAGGAGCUGCCCGCCUGUGGCCAGCACUACUGGGAAACCACGGUCACAGACUGCCCGGCCUAUCGACUUGGCAUCUGCUCCAGCUCAGCUGUGAGGGCUGGUGCCGUGGGACAAGGGGAGACCUCAUGGUACAUGCACUGCUCUGAGCCACAGAGGUACACGUUUUUCUACAGUGGUCUUGUGAGCGAGGUGCACGCGACUGAGCGUCCAGCCAGAGUGGGCAUUCUGCUGGACUACCCCAACCAGAGACUCCUAUUCAUAAAUGCCGAGAGUGGACAGCUGCUCUUCAUCGUGAGGCAUAGAUUCAGCGAGGGCGUACAUCCUGCCUUCGCUCUGGAGAAGCCUGGGAAAUGUACUCUGCAUCUGGGCUUAGAGCCCCCAGAUUCUGUCAGGCACAAGUGAUGCUGACCAUUCAGAGUUUGUAAGAAUUCAAGUUCGGGGUGGAGAGCUGCCAUUCUCUCUCUCUCUCAGGUGCUGUGUGUUACUCAGAUGGUCUCCCACACACCUGCAUUACCGAUAGCUGGGGGUGCCAUGGUCAGCACGUGAGGACAGCCAGGGACCCCAUGACCUUAUGGAGCAGUGUGUGAGCGAGAAAGGGCAAACUCAGCCUCCACCCUUUGGUUCACAGUUGGAGUUGUGUCUUAAAUUCAAAGGACUUAUACUUGACCUGGGAACCAAAACCAGAGAAAUGGAUUUCUGCCGGUUAUUGGACAAGCAAUCCCCAGGAACCAGAUCAGAGAGGAGGGGAGGUUUUGUUAGUGGCACAUCUUGUGUGACUUCUUCCACAAGAAAAAUGUCACCUUACUUCACUCAAGGAAAAUGAGUCCUAGUCAUUAGAGAAAAUAUUUUAGCUGAUCUAAAUUUACAAUGAAAUCUUUUCUUAUCAUGUAUGCUGUAGAAUGUAAACCCCACUUCUCUGAAAAUUUAAAUGUAGAAAAGCACUAGACAUCAGAAAUUUCCAUUUUGUUAAAUAAAUGGCUAGAAUCUUAUAGAAUAAAA